AUAUGACCUCAUGAAGUUUUGUUUCCAUGCAAUUCAGAUCCCUCAAACUGUCAGUAUCUUACAAUAAGGAAUCUAUUCAUGUUCUUGAAUUAUCUCAAAUUCCUUUAUAUUAUCUCUCUCUCUAUUUAGAUUUGUUAUUAUCCUGAAAUAACAUGUAGUCACUAUUCAAUAUUUAGAUACUCAUAUUUCAAAUAGAAGUCUCAAAGCUUCAUCCAAAAUCUAUCAUGUCCAUCCUACAUUAAUUAUUUUGCAAGAUUACCUCAAAAUAUUCACAAUUUAAUUUCUUUUUCAUCCCAUCAACCAUCACCAAUUGGAUUCUUUCCCAUCCAACACAAGAUAAGUAUCACACCUCCCUCCUCACAAAAAUCACAAUUUCCUCAUAAUCCAUAAGCUUAUCACCAUGGUCCCAAAACUCAUCAUAAUAACAUGUAAACAACCCCCAACUUCAAUCCCUUCAUUCAACAUCUCAUCCAUCAAAACCAAAGAAAAACCCCAAACAACACAAACCCAAACACUAAAAACCACCACCACAACACCCUCCACCAAAACAAAACCUCCACCCACCACCACCACCACCACCCAACACACAAACAAAAAACCAGAAACAUCACUCCCAGGACUCCUAUUCAACACAUUCGACGACAUCAUCAACAACUUCAUCGACCCACCAAUAAAACCAGCCGUAGAUCCAAGACAUGUUCUAUCUCAAAACUUCGCUCCAGUCCUAACCGAACUCCCUCCAACACAAUGCGAAAUCACAAAAGGCACACUCCCACCGUCACUCAACGGCGCUUACAUAAGAAACGGCCCAAACCCCCAGUUCCUGCCACGUGGACCCUACCACCUCUUCGACGGUGACGGCAUGCUUCACGCCAUCACAAUCUCUAACGGAACCGCCACACUCUGUAGCCGUUACGUCAAAACCUACAAAUACAAAACCGAAAACGAAGCCGGUUACCCUCUCUUCCCCAACGUCUUCUCCGGUUUCAACUCGCUUAUCGCCUCCGCCGCGCGUGGAUCCAUAACCGCCGCACGUGUCAUAACCGGUCAGUAUAAUCCAUCCAACGGCAUUGGUUUAGCAAACACAAGCUUAGCUCUGUUUGGUAACCGUCUUUUCGCGCUCGGAGAAUCCGAUCUUCCUUAUGAAAUUAAUCUAACCCCAAACGGUGACAUCCAAACAAUCGGCCGUCACGAUUUUAACGGUAAACUCUCCAUGAGCAUGACGGCGCAUCCCAAAAUUGAUGCCGACACCGGCGAAGCUUUCGCGUUCCGUUACGGUCCUAUUCCACCGUUUUUAACUUACUUCCGUUUCGAUUCUAACGGAGUUAAACACAACGACGUUCCCGUUUUCUCCAUGACAACACCUUCGUUUCUUCACGAUUUCGCUAUUACGAAAAAAUACGCUGUGUUUGCUGAUAUACAGCUUGGGAUGAAUCCUCUUGAUAUGAUUUCCGGUGGCUCUCCGGUAGGUUCCGAUCCAUCGAAGAUUUCGAGGAUCGGGAUUCUUCCUCGUUAUGAUAAAGAUGAGAGGAAGAUGAAGUGGUUUAAUGUGCCAGGGUUUAAUAUAGUUCACGCGAUUAACGCGUGGGAUGAGGAAGAUGGAGAAACCGUUACGUUGAUUGCGCCGAAUAUACUCUCUGUGGAGCAUACUAUGGAGAGAUUGGAUCUUGUUCACGCGAUGGUUGAGAAAGUGAAGAUCAACGUUGAGACAGGGAUUGUUUCACGACAACCGUUAUCAGCGAGGAAUCUUGAUUUCGCAGUUAUAAAUAGUGAUUUCAUGGGGAAGAGGAAUAGGUUUGUUUAUGCGGCGAUUGGAGAUCCGAUGCCGAAGAUAUCGGGGGUUGUGAAGAUUGAUGUGUUGAAGGGAGAGGAAGUUGGGUGUAGGAUGUUCGGAGAGGGUUGUUACGGUGGUGAACCGUUUUUUGUGGCGAGGGAGGGUGGUGUUGAGGAGGAUGAUGGUUAUUUGGUGAGUUAUGUGCAUGAUGAGAGGAAGGGGGAGUCGAGGUUUUUGGUGAUGGAUGCUAAGACGGCGGAGAUGGAGGUUGUGGCGGAGGUGAAGUUGCCGCGGCGUGUGCCGUAUGGUUUUCAUGGGUUGUUUGUGAAGGAGAGUGACAUCAGAAAGUUGUCGCUGUAGAAGGUUGUCUCGGUUUUACGAAACAAUUAUUAUUGUUUCGUUUUUUACGCGGUAAAGGGGAGAGUUACUGGAAGGAAUGUGAUUUGAAUAGUUGUUGACAUCACAGGAACUUUCAACUUUCAGUAUAUAUGUAUAUGUAUGUAGAGAAGGAAGGUAGAUUGCUGUAUAUUCAACGGUUUGGUUUGUAAUAUUUGUAAUAUAAUAACUGUAAAGUAGUUCAAAGUACACAGUUGUGGCAUUUUAUAAACAUAUAUAGAAUAUUUAGAUACAAUGAUAUAAAAGUGGUUGUUAUCAAUUAA